AUGCUGUGGGGAGGCAUCGCCGGCACCGUCUUAGCCGGCGCCAACCUCCAUGGCUAUCUGGACGGCACCAUGGCGGCACCCGACAAGACCAUCGCCGUCGGGACUGGCGACGCCGCGACGACCGCCGCUAAUCCGGCGUAUCAUCAUUGGUGGACUCAGGAUCAGAAGGUCAAGGGCCUCCUUCUUACCUCCAUGGAGGAGGACAUCGCCUGUCAGCUCAUCAGCUGCGAGACGACGCAGGCGGUAUGGACGGCCGUCGGUGCCAUGUACGGCGCGCAGAGUCGUGCCAACGUCCGUCACAUCCGACGUCAACUCCAGACACUGCGGAAGGAGGAGAUGUCCGCGGCUGAGUACAUGCACAAGAUGAAGGCCCUCGCCGACACCAUGGCUGUCGCCGGCUCUCCGAUUCGUGAUGACGAGCUCAUUGAUCACAUCCUCACCGGACUCGGCUCCGCCUACAACUCCAUCGCCGCCUCCCUGGGUGUGAGUAACGCACCAAUGCCCUACUCCAGCUUCUACUCGCUCGUCUUAUCGUUCGAAGCGUUGCAGGCUCAGGAGAGUGCGUCAGAGGGGUGGACUCCCUCCGCCAACGCCGUGACUCGCUCGGGCCCCUACGGCUAG